AUGGUCAAAAUCAAGCAACAAAAAUAUCAGCACGUAUUUACUUUAGACAAUUUCAAAAAAAAUGCGACUGGUACUAAUGUUAAUAAUGUUGCGCCACCUGACCCUAACUACGUUUUGUCCUUUGGGACAAAGAAGAGCGAUGAAGAAAUCGUUCGCAGUUCAAAAUAUAAUCGCAAUGUUGAAAUCCUUUUGAAUAAUUCUACCAGCACCCGUCUUGCAAAGAAAAAUAAAAAAGAGGGCGUCACAAAACGAGUUCCACGUCGUCAAAAUCCAUGGAUUCUUUAUCGUAGAGAUAAAAGUGUGGAUCCUGUUUUUUUCGGUAUGAAAUCUUCCAUGAUUUCAAAAUUUAUUGGUAAAAUGUGGAAUGAAGAGUCAGAAGACGUGAAGGAAAGUUACGCUGCGCUCGCUAGAAUGUCUGAAGCAAGGCAUAUGGCAAAGCAUAAAGAUUAUAAAUACAAACCGAACCCUCCUAGAAGACCUAAAAUUAAAUCAAAACAAAAUAAGUCGCCUUUCUACUCACCAAUCUUCUCUGAUUUUGAAGAAUUUGCCAUUUUGGAUAAAGAAAGUUCUCAAGAUAUGUUUGCUGUGUUAAAUUCGGAUUCUACCUCUUCCUCCUUCAGUUCGCCCCAAAUUUCUGAAUUCGCCAUUUUGGAUGAAAACAAUUCUCAAGCUCAAGAUAUGAUGGACAUGACAAUUUUUGAUUCGUCUUACUUCAGUUCCCCGCAAAUGUCUGAAUAUGAAGGAUAUGAUAUUUUGGAUAAUGAGUCCACUUCCUCCUCCUCGGUCCAUAGCUCUCCUCAAUUUCUUGAAGAAUAUUGUCUUCAUUUGUUAAACAACUUGGAUCCCACUUCAGAAUUUGAAGAAAUUAUCAUUCCGGAUAAUAACGUCUCACAAAAUAUGACUCUUAAUUUUCCUUCAUUAAACUCCAUCAAUCCAAUACCGCCGCCACCACCCCCUGUAGAAUUUCAACAAUUAACAACUUUGAAACAACCUUAUGAAAAUGAAAUGAUGACUUCUUCUGAAUGUGUUCUACCAGACUUCAUGAAAGAUCUCUCGGCCGUUUUUCUCGGCUCUAACUAUAACGAAAACGUUGUACUCGACAACUCCGAACUUUUGAUGCAAUCACAAUUUUCAGACAUGUCAUUAGAUUAUUAUGGAUAUAUUCCCGAAGAUAAUUCUAUCGAAUUAUUUAAAGCAUGUGGUGCCAAAGUUGUCAAUGCAAAUUUGUUACCAGGUUCAAUACUCAAUAUUACAGUUAGUAGUCCUUCUCCCCCAACAGGACUCAGUCACUUUACUAUUAGUACUGAUUACAAACAAAACUAUAGAUUUUUUGAAGGUCCAAGGUUCGUUAAUGGAGGAGAUUGUAAAGUGAAAGAUGGAAUAAUCAAUCCAUUCACAUCCAACUAG